AAAAACUUCAAAAUCACAGCUGAGCUCGCCGCAUCCACUCUGAAGUCUGACAUACCGAUCUAGCAGACACAUUGAGGACUCUUGUCAGGUAGGAAAACAUUCUAGAUCUUUAAGGAAAGAUCUUUAAGAUAUUUACAGGUGGUUAUGCAUAGUCAACUGCUGAUUGUCUUUGUAGGAACUUAUGCCAAUUAGGAGAAUCAGGAUGCUGUUUGGCUUCUUUAUCAUUGCUGCUGGCUUAUUCUUGGACAUGGGAGAGUGUACUGCAGGUAAGUACCUUUUUGUUAUUGCAGGUCUAUGCAUAUCAAACCAUUAUUGUAACAGAUUAAAUCAGGCCUGUUGGACAAAACUAACAUCUUUUAACCAACUCUGUGCAGAGUGGCAAAGCAGGAAUUGUUUUUCCUGUCUGGAUGAUGACAUUAAAAUUAACACUAAGAAAUCUAAUCAAAGGUUUGACCCAGUGACUACAUUUGUAUGUCAAUGUCGUGCGUUAGCUCUCUCUGCCAAAUUCCUCAUGUUCUCUAUCCUUUCUCUGGCUUGGCGAUACAGUCUGCUCGGAUCAAUAUCAAAGUGUUGCGCUACAUCCUUUCCAAGUUUUGUAGAAAAGGAAGCAAGCUAGUUGACACUGUUACAAAAAACGGUAAUAAAUCAACUGUAUAGAGCAAACAAAGGCCCUGUGUGUGCAAGUGGCCAAAAAGUGACAGGGGCUUGAAGAGCUUGUAUACGUGUCAUCUUUUGAAAAGGAGGAUCUGAUGGGUGACAGGAUCACCCUGUGGUGACGGAUCCCCUAGGCCUUGGCCUGAAUUGAGGCUUUUGAUACUCUUUGACUGCCCUCCCAUCGCACAGCUCCAUGGCACUGAGACUCUUUGAAUUAAAAAGCUGCUCUAAAUAGACCGUGGUGGGCAAAUCAUUUUCAAGCAGAUGAGGAAAAAAGCCAGAUCUCCAGGAUACCGGAAAUGAGCUGUGACAAGAAAGUCAACGCCAGAAACCUACCUCAGACAUCUCUGCAUGUCAGAGUAAAGUCUGAGGAUGGCCAACACACAAAGAAGCAGAGAUUCUACUAAAUUUAGGCAAGAGAUCAGCUGCCAAAACUUUUGUUGUUAAAAAACAACCAAUGAUGUUUUCUUACUCCGAUCUUCUCUGACUUCUUGGUCCUCAUAGACACAUGGAACUUGAUUGGUCCUAAAAUGUGGUUCCCCCUCCAGACUUAAACAGAGUUAUAUUUAAAUUGGAUUUUAAUCGUAAAUUUCAAAUACUUUUUCAGUUAUGGUUAGGAGGGGUUCCAUAUUCACUUGAUGCACUUAUUAUAUGAUAUAGCAUCUUCAAAGUGAGCAAAAGAGGAGUAAGAACUACAGGAAAACUUCCAAAAUUACAUGAACAAUAGUAGUCGUAAACUGGAUGUCUGAGGUUGUGCUGAGGAGCAGUUUUAGCCAGAUGAAUAAAAAGUGUUAAUCUAUUGUACAGUUAAGGGUUUUGUUCCAGUUCAUAGAGUACAUAUUGAGAUGUGCAGAUGGAUAAAUGAACACAAUAAGCUGCUGGUGUUUUUAUGGGAUGACAGUAGGAAAAUACAACAUGGUCAGUUUGGUUCAUCCUGCUGGAACUAUGAAUCUGUAUGGUCACUUGUAAUGUAUAACAGGUUGAGGCUCAAAGUACAUUGAUUUUAUAUUUUCUUAAAAUGAUUCAUAUUGAGUAAAACCAGAUUAGAUAAGUAUGAGCAUGGGUUGUAAGAAGCUAAAAGCAUGAUGGGUUUUCUCUUGUAUUUGUCUACUUUAACAGAUCUCUUCAGGUCUGAGGUUGUAUGUCCUGUUGUCAGAAGAAGAAUGAAUUAAGAAAUACAAGAAAAAAAAGGAACAUUUUAAGUCACAGUUUCUCUUUGUAAAUCAAAUUAUGCUUCUCUAAUCACCUGGGGAUGCCUCAUUGAUAUACAGAAGAUCCGAUUCACUCCCUCUACUGUCUGAAGUCAUAGUUUUUAUAUAUUAUAUUGUGAAUGACUCUAAUAGUAACCUCAUUUUUACUUUCCUCCCUCUGUGCAACCAGAGCUGAGAGUCACAACAAUAAAGGUAGAAUAUUCAUUUAUUCAAGCUUGGAUACACAGUUUAGAGGAAAACACAUUUCACUGAUUUUCAUUUGACACUUUCUUUUACAGCAAGAGCCAUACACCACGGCCAAAAACUUACAACUGGAGGGCUUUUGUAUGGACCUGCUGUCUGAAAUAGCAAAAAAACUGGGCUUCAAGUACAGAGUGCAUCUGGUGAAAGACAGUUCAUAUGGCCGACAGGACGAGAGCGGGAACUGGAAUGGGAUGGUCGGGGAGGUCAUGAGAGGAGUGAGUGCAUGAAAUGACUGACAUUAAAGCGGUCAACAAAUGUUUGAAGUACCCAGCUGGCACACUGACCCACAAAAUAACUGAGUAAGCUUUAAUAUUAGGAUUGCCUGAAAGUGUAAUUUUCUUCACAGGAGGCAGACCUUGCAAUUGCUCCUCUGACUCUGACUGCAGCUCGGGAGAAAGUGGUGGGGAUGACUAAACCGUUCAUGCAGACAGGAAUCAGUAUCCUGCUGAGGAAGGAUAUCUCAGAGGCGUCUGGUUUCUUUGAUUUUCUGACCCCCUUUACCGCUGAGACCUGGGUGGGUAUACUCAUUGCAUACCUUGGCACUGCUGCUUGCAUCUUCAUAGCUGCCAGGUAAGAGAUGAGAUGUAACAGCAAGAGUUAUGAUUUAUGUUCUUUCUUAUCUUUAUUUGUUCUCUUUUCUGGCACUGCGACCCCUUCGUCUUACACAAUAAUAAUGUUUCAAUGUGAAUGCAGACUCAGCCCAAGUGAGUGGAGUCAGCCUCAGAGUGAUCCCCACACAUUCAGCCUCCUCCACAGUCUUUGGUACACAGCUGGAGCUCUGACUCUUCAGGGUAAAACAGCAGAACCAGACACCAAACAUGUUGUGAUAUAUUCGGUGUGACUCGUGACCUUUUUCCUUCUAACUGAACUCUCUCGGUGUUGUCAGGUGCUGGCCCUCACCCCAAAGCUCUGUCAGGACGAGUCAUCUGCUGCAGCUGGUGGUUGUUCACUAUUGUCCUCCUGGCUUGUUAUUUCUCCAACCUCAGCUCCUCUAAGACCUCUGAGUCCACCCACCUGACUGUAAAAGGGUUUGAGGACCUUGCCAAUCAGGACAUGAUUGAGUAUGGGUGUUUGGCAGGCUCCUCCACUCUCGCCUUCUUCAAGGUACAGAAAUCAUCAUGAAUAAAUCCUGCAUGUCUCUGCUGUUUCGCUGACUCUUUCUUUCUUGUGCAGAAUUCAAACAACCCAGUGUACCGCAGAAUUUAUGAACAUAUGGAAAGAACCAGGAGUUUUGUGUCAUCAAUGGAUGAGGGGGUCCAACGGGCAAAAGACGGAAACUUUGCAUUUAUUGGGGAGUCUGUAUCUUUGGAUUUGGCAGUGGCUCGUCACUGUGAGCUGGUCAGAGCACAUGAAGUCGUCGGCAUGAGAGGAUACAGCAUUGCAGCCGCCCUUGGUAAGGCUUUCCCCAAUGAUGAAUUAAAAACGUAACUUGAUUAUUAAAAUUAUACCUUUGCCUUCUUUUAGGUUCACCCAUCAUAAAGAACCUCAGUGUGGCAAUCUUACAGCUGAGCGAGGCGGGGGAACUGGCCUACCUGCGGAGCAAGUGGUGGGCCAGUAGCUGCCUUGCAGACAGGGCCAAGUCUACAGCUGCGCAGCCACACAGCCUUAAAGGAAUGUUUCUGGUUCUCUCUCUGGGCCUGGGGCUGGGAGCGCUGCUGGCUGUUCUGGAGCUCACCUCCAAGAGCCGAAAAAGUGCCGCUGAGCAGAAGGUUGGAACAACUUAAUUUGGAAAUGGCGUUGUCUCAAAGAGUCAAAGUGUUAAUGUUGGGAGGUUAUGCUGCGUUCGAGCUACCUAGUAGGUCAGAUGUCGGAGCUGAAAAUGACGUCACACACGAGUUCCCAGCGUUUUAGUUACCAAGUCAGAAAAAAAGCAAAAUUGGAAGUGGAAACAAAAUAGCUACAUCUACAAAUGUUAUUGCCAUAUGUUUGGACAAGGCAAGCGCUAAAAUAACUUUCGUAGAUGUAGCCAUUUUGUUUCCGCCUCUGGUUUUGCUUCUUUCCGAUUUGGUAACUGAAACGCUGGUAACUGGGGUGUGAUGUCAUUUCAGGUUAGGCUUCUGAUUUCCGAGGUAACUUGAACGCAGCGUUAGACUCAGAUAAAGGGAAACUGUUCUCUAGUCCAAGGAGGUGUCUGAUGGGAAUUGGCCACUUUAUAAUCUCAGUGAUGCACUAGCCUUCCCUACUUAUCUAUCCCCAUCUCUUUUUCAGUUUGGUUAGAGUUCAUGUGGCAGGCUGUAAACUCUUCUAUAAUAUCUGUGUUGUUUCUUCAAGAAGUAUUAAUCCUUUUCUUGAGAGUCCAGGUACCUUGUGUUCAUUUGAAUUUUAAACUAAUUGGAGUAUUGUCGAUAUCAUGUGUUUUUUCCCACAGAAAUCCUGCUGCAUUGUGCUGACUGAUGAACUGAGCCUGCGUUUGAAGAACAGCAACGUGAACAGAUCCCAGGAAAAUGAAGCCAAAGACAAAGAAAAAGCGUAGACACAUUUCUUUCCUGGAUAGCUGUUUAGGACUCUGUCUGAAAGAAGCAUUAACUUUUUUGUAGGUUUUGACCCCUCUCUUUUAUAAAUAUAUUAGAGUAAAAAAGCAAAUACUCCACUUAAUAACUGAAAGAGAAGUAUUAUCAAAUAAUACAUUUAUUGAUUUUCAAGUAGGAAUGCUACAACUUAAUGAAAAAAACAGUUUAGUUAAAAUUAUGUAAAAACGUUUUUAUUGAAAGAAUCAAAGUUUUCACUGUAAACAUGAAAACUUACCUAACAUUUAGUGCUAAUGUACUUAGUUUAUUUUCUGUGUCGCAGUUGGCAAUGGCAACAUUCUUCCAACUAUAUUCCUUUUAAAAACUAGGUCAUGCAUAAAAACUGACUGUAAACAUUCUGGCAUCAUGCAAACAUUACAGCAGGCCUAAGGUACAUGGUGACUAGUUUCCCAGGAAGAACACGUGGCUGUUGCCAUUCUUCGGUCCUUGGUGUUGCUGUGUUUGUAAUGUCCUCUGUCGGAUGUUGUUUUCUGUGGAAUCACAAAUAUAAAAAAGUCUAAUCUAAAAGAAAAAAGAACAAACAUGUCACUUUUGUUAUUGUUGAUUGAGACGCUUUGUCCAGAAUUUGACUAACAGCUGCCUGAAACUAUCCCUGAGAGAAGUCUAGUUUAGCCGAUAUGAAAAGACAGAGGGGAAUACUGAGAAAAAUGUACCACUUAUCUGUAGGAAAAUCAUAUCAUGUAAUCUGUGUAAAUGGAAAAGUGACGAGAUGAAUAAAAAUGAUUGAGGUCAAGGAG